AUGAAUGGUUUCAUCCUGGCCAAAAAGAUUUUGAGGACAGGGUACUACUGGAUGACCAUGGAACACGAUUCCUGCAAAUUUGUGCAAAAAUGCCAUCAAUGCCAGAUCCACGGAGACUUGAUCAAGGUCCCUCCGACAGAACUACAUGCAAUGGGCUCACCCUGGCCAUUCAUGGCAUGGGGAAUGGACGUCAUCGGGCCCAUUGAGCCAUCAGCUUCCAAUGGACAUCGGUUCAUCUUGGUUACCAUUGAUUACUUCACCAAAUGGGUGGAAGCAACUUCCCACAAGUCGGUAACCAAGAAAGUCGUGGCUGAUUUCGUUAAGAACAAUCUCAUAGGCCGCUUCGGUGUGCCCGAGUCCAUCAUCACGGAUAACGGAGCCAAUUUAAAUAACCAUCUGAUGAAUGAUAUCUGUGAGCAAUUCAAGAUAACUCACAGGAACUCUACUGCUUACCGACCACAGAUGAACGAUGCUAUAGAGGCUGCCACAAGAACAUCAAGAGGAUUCUGCGAAAGAUGA